AUGGUCGUGAUCGCGCCUGCCGACUUCUGGUCGAACCUGGCCGACAAGGCGCCUUCGGUUCCCUCAGUUAAAUCAAUGCUACUUGGUAGCUCUCAGGUUAUCCUGGGUGCUCAGUCAUUCUUGGGUGGCCUAGACGCCGGCAAUGCUCCGUCCUGCUCAAACCCACAAUUGAGCUGUCACAACACUUCAGUUGUCGAAGAUCUGUGCUGCUUCAACUACCCAGGCGGCCAAAUGCUGCAGACACAGUUCUGGGAUACAAACCCACCCACAGGACCUGACGACGCCUGGACCAUACACGGCCUUUGGUGCAUUCAUCGUCUUCAAACCUCACUGAAUAUCGCUAACACCUUUGACAUAGGCNCCGACCGCUGCGACGGCAGUUACGAAGCCAACUGCGAUGAUAGCCGCGCAUACCACAACAUCCGGGACAUUCUCGAGUCCUUCGGUGCCACCGAUCUCCUGUCCAACAUGACCAUGUACUGGAAAGACUACAAAGGCAACGACGAGAGCCUGUGGAUGCACGAGUGGAGCAAGCACGGCACCUGCGUUUCCACUCUCAACCCUGACUGCUACUCCUCGUACCGUAGCAAAGAAGAAGUCGUCGACUAUUUCGCCGCCGCUGUAUCGCUGUACACCCAGCGUCCUACAUACCAGUGGCUUUUGGAUGCUGGCAUUGAGCCCAGCACUUCCAAGACAUACACAAGAGAUCAGAUUCAGAGUGCUCUGAGCUCAAGACAUGGCCGUCCUGUGACGCUAGGCUGCAAGGGCGGUAAGCUGGAUGAGGUCUGGUACCACUUCGAGGUCCGCGGCAGCGUUCAAACUGGCGUUUUUGAGGCAGCAGAUCCAGACGGUGGUAAAAGCACAUGUCCCUACAGCGGUAUUCGCUACCCACCCAAAGCAGCAAAACGUCCUGCUCCAACAGCUACACACACCCGUACUCGCACCCACCUGCCUGAGCCAACUGGCCCAGCAUUCAGUGGCAGAGGCAACUUGAUCGCCAAAACCGGCGGUAGAAGCAAAGGUUGCAUCAUCUCUGGUGGAUCGUGGUAUGAUACUAGGAGUUGCGCGCGAUUCCAUGCCACUCAAGAGCAUGAAAAUGGCUUCAGCCUAGAGAGCUCCAAGGGCAAGUGCGCCAUUGUCGAUGGUAUAUUCCGCUGCUCAUCAGAUGUCUCAUAUGCCACCGUCUUCGGCAGGACCGGCAACGAUACAAUGACCUUCUAUGCCGACGAAGUACCUUACCGCUUCAACAAAAUUGACAUCUAUAUCGAUGGAGAGGGUCAUGGCACUGAGUUGACUGUGGAAUGGCAAGCUGCUUAG